AUGUCGUGGCAAAACCAGGGAAUGCAGGCGUUGAUCCCUGUGAUCAAUCGUGUCCAGGACGCCUUCUCCCAGCUGGGCACAUCUGUCAGCUUCGAACUUCCACAGAUCGCCGUCGUCGGAGGACAGUCCGCUGGAAAGUCGUCGGUGCUGGAGAAUUUUGUCGGAAAAGACUUCUUGCCACGUGGAUCAGGAAUCGUAACACGUCGUCCACUUAUUUUGCAGCUUAUUCAAGAUCGCAAUGAGUACGCCGAGUUCCUACACAAGAAGGGUCAUCGCUUUGUGGAUUUUGAUGCAGUUCGGAAAGAGAUUGAGGAUGAGACUGAUCGUGUCACUGGACAGAAUAAGGGAAUCAGUCCACAUCCAAUCAACUUGCGUGUCUUUUCUCCAAAUGUUCUAAAUCUGACACUCAUCGAUUUGCCCGGUCUCACAAAAGUGCCCGUCGGAGAUCAACCAGCAGAUAUUGAGCAACAGAUCCGUGACAUGAUUCUCACAUUCAUCAACCGUGAGACUUGCCUCAUUCUUGCCGUCACUCCGGCCAACAGCGAUCUCGCCACUUCGGAUGCGUUGAAACUUGCGAAGGAAGUCGAUCCACAGGGUCUUCGCACGAUUGGAGUCCUCACCAAACUUGACUUGAUGGACGAGGGAACCGAUGCUCGCGAGAUCCUCGAGAACAAGCUGUUCACACUUCGUCGUGGCUACGUCGGAGUUGUCAAUCGUGGGCAGAAGGAUAUUGUCGGUCGCAAGGAUAUUAGAGCUGCUUUGGACGCCGAGAGAAAGUUCUUCAUCUCACACCCAUCCUACCGACAUAUGGCUGAUCGGUUGGGAACAAGCUACCUUCAACACACUCUUAAUCAACAGCUCACCAAUCAUAUCCGUGAUACACUGCCAACACUUCGUGAUAGUCUUCAAAAGAAGAUGUUUGCUAUGGAAAAGGAUGUGGCCGAGUACAAGAACUACCAGCCAAAUGAUCCAGGCCGCAAGACCAAGGCUCUUUUGCAAAUGGUUACCCAGUUCAAUGCUGACAUUGAGCGCUCCAUUGAAGGUUCCUCUGCAAAGCUGGUUUCAACCAAUGAGCUCAGUGGAGGAGCCCGUAUCAAUCGGCUUUUCCAUGAGCGUUUCCCAUUUGAGAUUGUUAAAAUGGAAAUUGACGAGAAAGAAAUGCGCAAAGAAAUCCAGUAUGCCAUCAGAAACAUUCACGGUAUCCGCGUCGGUCUCUUCACUCCGGAUAUGGCGUUUGAGGCAAUUGCCAAAAAGCAAAUCACCCGUCUGAAGGAGCCAUCGUUGAAAUGCGUUGAUCUGGUGGUCAACGAGUUGGCUAAUGUGAUCAGACAGUGCGCUGACACUAUGGCUAGAUAUCCACGUCUUCGUGACGAGCUGGAAAGAAUCGUCGUCUCGCAUAUGCGUGAACGUGAGCAAAUUGCCAAGCAGCAAAUUGGGCUCAUUGUUGACUACGAACUCGCUUAUAUGAACACAAACCAUGAGGAUUUCAUUGGAUUCAGCAAUGCUGAAGCAAAAGCCUCCCAAGGACAAUCAGCGAAGAAGAAUCUUGGAAACCAGGUGAUCAGAAAGGGCUGGCUCUCACUGAGCAACGUAUCGUUUGUGCGUGGCUCCAAGGACAAUUGGUUUGUGCUCAUGUCGGACAGUUUGAGUUGGUACAAAGAUGAUGAGGAGAAGGAGAAGAAGUACAUGCUCCCAUUGGAUGGUGUCAAGCUGAAGGAUAUUGAGGGUGGAUUUAUGUCUCGUAACCACAAGUUUGCUCUGUUCUACCCCGACGGAAAGAACAUCUACAAGGAUUACAAGCAGCUUGAGUUGGGAUGCACCAAUUUGGACGAAAUUGAUGCGUGGAAGGCUUCAUUCUUGCGUGCUGGUGUCUAUCCAGAAAAGCAGAAGGCACAGGAAGAUGAGUCCCAACAAGAGAUGGAGGAUACCUCGAUUGAUCCACAACUUGAGAGACAGGUGGAGACAAUCCGUAAUUUGGUUGAUUCCUACAUGAGAAUCAUUACCAAGACAAUUAAGGACCUGGUUCCAAAGGCGGUGAUGCAUUUGAUUGUUAACCAGACAGGUGAGUUCAUGAAAGAUGAACUUUUGGCCCAUCUCUACCAAUGCGGCGACACUGAUGCUCUCAUGGAGGAAUCUCAAAUAGAAGCCCAGAAGCGCGAGGAGAUGCUCCGAAUGUACCAUGCUUGCAAGGAGGCGCUCCGCAUUAUCUCUGAAGUCAACAUGAGCACCCUUGGCGACCAGCCGCCGCCAUUGCCGAUGUCUGACUACCGCCCACACCCAUCUGGACCUUCACCGGUGCCGCGUCCGGCUCCUGCUCCACCAGGCGGACGUCAGGCCCCAAUGCCACCACGCGGAGGACCCGGUGCCCCACCACCACCAGGCAUGAGACCACCACCAGGUGCGCCAGGAGGCGGCGGUGGCAUGUACCCACCGUUGAUUCCAACGCGUCCGGGACCAGGCGGCCCACCACCCAACAUGGCACCGCCUAGAUAAUAAUGUUGUGAAUAAUUCCCCCACUGACCAAAGAAGAGUACCGACACCAUCCAACGGAGCACCAGAGAUUCCAGCUCGCCCGCAAGUCCCCAAGAGACCUUUCUAAAUGCUUUUACAUCUCCAUCCUAGCUCACUUGUCAUACUAUUACCGUUCCCAUAGUAAUUGUACAAUGCCCCC